CUUCCUUCCCUAUGGAAGAAAUGGAAGAGGAGCUGAAAUGUCCGGUGUGCGGCUCCUUUUACCGGGAGCCCAUCAUCCUGCCCUGCUCGCACAACCUGUGCCAGGCGUGCGCCCGCAACAUCUUGGUGCAGACACCGGAGACGGAGUCUCCGCAGAGCCGUCGCGCCUCGGGCUCAGCCGUCUCCGACUAUGACUACCUGGACCUGGAUAAGAUGAGCCUGUAUAGCGAGGCGGACAGCGGCUAUGGCUCCUACGGCGGCUUCGCCAGCGCUCCCACCACCCCUUGCCAGAAGUCCCCCAACGGCGUCCGCGUCUUCCCGCCGACCGCCCCGCCGCCCCCCGCGGCCUUGGCGCCGCCGCCGCCGCCGCGCAACGCCUGCCUCACCUGCCCGCAGUGCCACCGCAGCCUGGUGUUGGACGAGCGCGGGCUGCGGGGCUUCCCCCGCAACCGGCUGCUGGAGGGCGUCAUCGACCGCUACCAGCAGGGCAGGGCGGCGGCUCUGCGCUGCCAGCUCUGCGAGAAGGCGCCCAAGGAGGCGGCCGUCAUGUGCGAGCAGUGCGACGUCUUCUACUGCGAUCCCUGCCGCCUGCGGUGCCACCCGCCGCGGGGCCCGCUGGCCAAGCACCGCCUGGUCCCGCCGGCACAGGGUCGCGUCAGCCGCCGCCUCAGCCCCCGCAAGAUCUCCACCUGCACCGACCAUGAGCUGGAGAACCACAGCAUGUAUUGCGUGCAGUGCAAGAGCCCCGUCUGCUACCAGUGCCUGGAGGAGGGCAAGCAUUCCAGCCACGAAGUCAAGGCCCUGGGCGCCAUGUGGAAGCUCCACAAGAGCCAGCUUUCCCAAGCCCUGAAUGGGUUGUCAGACAGAGCCAAGGAAGCAAAAGAGUUCCUGGUCCAACUCCGCAACAUGGUGCAGCAAAUCCAGGAGAACAGUGUGGAGUUUGAAGCCUGCCUGGUGGCCCAGUGUGAUGCCCUCAUUGAUGCCCUCAACAGAAGGAAAGCCCAAUUGCUGUCCCGGGUCAACAAGGAGCACGAGCACAAGUUGAAGGUGGUGCGAGACCAGAUUUCUCACUGCACGGUCAAGCUGCGCCAGACCACGGGCCUGAUGGAGUAUUGCCUGGAGGUCAUCAAGGAGAAUGACCCCAGUGGCUUCCUGCAGAUCUCCGACGCUCUCAUCAGGAGAGUGCACUUAACCGAGGACCAGUGGGGAAAGGGGACACUCACACCCCGGAUGACCACAGACUUCGACCUGAACCUUGACAAUGCCCCUCUGCUGCAGUCCAUCCAUCAGCUCGACUUUGUCCAGAUGAAAGUUUCCUCCCCAGUGCCGGCCCCCCCGAUCCUGCAGCUGGAGGAGUGCUGCACCCACAACAACAGUGCUACCUUGUCCUGGAAGCAGCCCCCCUUGUCGACGGUGCAGGUGGAAGGCUACAUCCUGGAGCUCGAUGAUGGCAACGGCGGCCAGUUCAGGGAGGUGUAUGUGGGGAAGGAGACCAUGUGCACGGUGGAUGGGCUUCACUUCAACAGCACGUACAGUGCACGUGUCAAAGCCUUCAACAAAUCAGGAGUCAGCCCAUACAGCAAGACCCUGGUCCUCCAGACAUCUGAGGGUAAGGCAUUGCAACAGCUCCAGCCCAAAAAGGACACGCAGUCAGAAGAACAGACCCUCCCUUUUCCAGUGCCUUUGGAAAGAUCGCAGCUUCGUAGAAUGAGUCCUUUCUCCUCCACCCUUAAUCUACAACCCAGCUUUCCGGGGAGAUCCUACUUUGAGCUAAGAUCUUCGGCCCACCAGCUGAGCUUGCAUUCUUCUUUACAGUCCCUGAAUUCAGCUGGAUGCAAUUUUGACAUUCAAGGAACGCCUUAUUCUCAAUUAGUUGACAUUAAAAAAAUGGUGGCAGUUGCUUGGUUUUCUUUCGAUCCUGCCUCUGCCCAUGCUGACAUCAUCUUUUCUAAUGACAACCUGACUGUCACCUGCAACAGCUAUGAUGACAGGGUUGUGCUGGGGAAAACGGGCUUUUCCAAAGGGCUCCAUUACUGGGAGCUGUCAAUCGAUCGUUACGAUAAUCACCCUGACCCGGCCUUUGGUGUGGCGCGCAUUGAUGUCCUGAAGGAUGCCAUGCUGGGCAAGGACGACAAGGCCUGGGCCAUGUACGUGGACAAUAACCGGAGCUGGUUCAUGCACAACAAUUCGCACACCAACAGAACCGAGGGUGGGAUAACGAAAGGCGCCACGGUGGGAGUGCUGCUGGAUUUGACCAGGAGGACUUUGACGUUCUCCAUCAAUGAGGACCAGCAGGGGCCUGUUGCCUUUGAGAACCUGGAGGGCCUCUUUUUCCCUGCGGUCAGCCUCAACAGGAACGUGCAGGUGACGCUGCACACCGGCCUGCCGGUCCCUGAGUUCUACACUUCGCGCUCGGCCAUGCCAUGAGGAUGCUCCUGGAGCCGGCUGCCUCUUCUCAGGAUGAGAGGAGCCAGCCUGUUCCCUCUUGUGGGACACGGCUGCUGCCGAGCCGCCGGGUCCCUGCUCAGCCGCCAGCCGGAGACAGAGAGGCAAAGCGGGAAGGAAGAACCCAGCUUUUGUCCGCCUCUGAUCUCCAUCCUCCUGCGCUGUCCUGUGUGUGUGCGCUUCGCUCUUUAGCUCUUUUGGCUGAUGAAGUACCUAAGUAGCCUGAGAUGUUCCUCUGUGUCCGCUUUUAGGUUUGGUUUCUUCAAUUUGAGUUGAGGUUUCAAGGGGGACAAUUUCGUCUCAUUUGGCAAAGCGCUUUCCCCUCCCAUGGGGCUGGAUGGAGGGACCCCCACCACGGGAAAGCUUUUGCCCACACCAGCCCCCUUACUUUGCAGGAUAUUUCUUUCCCCUGUGGCCUUUCUUGCAGAGCACCCUCAGUCAUGUGUAGAGGUGGGUCCUGGAUUACCAGUCAGUCUCUGUGUCCUUACCAAAACACCCAGCCCUGUCCCUUGUCCCCAAGAGGCAUUUCCCUGGGGCACAGCAGUGGGGCAGGGAGUGGCUGCCCUGUCCCUGGGUGCUCUGGGUGCUGGCAGGGUCUCCCCCAGCUCCCCGCAGCCCGGCAUCAGCACGCACGUCACAGCCAUAGACCAGAGAGCCCCUGCCCAGCUCUUUGGAGAUUAGUGUUUAUUUUUUUAUAGUUGCCAUAUAAAGCCUAGCCUUAAAAUCCUGAGUGUCUUUCUGUUCACUGGAGAAUGCAUUCUGCAGGGAGGGUCUGAUGGGGAGCCCGGGGAUGAGGAUGGGGAGGAAGGAGAGCUGGCCACAGCCCUGCCACGCACUCAGGAAUAUGCACCCACUGCCCUGCCUGCACCUGCUGCUGGCAGCAGCUCCCAUCAGCCUACCCUGGUAGGGACUUUCUGGUAAUUCAGAGGCAGGAAAAGAGUCGGAGCUGUGGGUGCCAUGCCCGGUGCCAGCUGCGUCCCCAUGCCGAGGGCGCCUGCAUGCGCAUGGCCCCACGCUUCACUGUUCGGUCACUUGCUGUGUCCCGGUGUGGUAAAGAGCUGGGGAGGCAGCGGUGCCGCUGCCAGGCAGGUACCAGCUUAUCCAGCCUGACUGGAGAGCUGCAGCUCCAGAUCCGGGAUCAGGUGGGAUGCUUCGGGAGUACUGGUCCAGCAGGAAGACAAGUGUAAAUAGACCAUUCCCUUCCAGCAUGCCCUCCUCUAGGAUAGCCCCAUUCGUUCCUUUGUUGCUCUAGUUUUAAGUUUACCUAAUUUAUUGGAUGGGUGCUAUCUUGUUGACUUACACCGAGGAGCUUCUCUCAGCUGCAGGAGAGCCGUGUUGCGGGGCAACGCCGAGCAGCUCUUUGGUGAAUUCCUGAUGAGCCCCUGUGGCCGGCUCACCCGGGGCUCCUCUCUCAGCCGUUAUCCCCUGUUCUUUAGGAUGUUCAUGGUGCUUAUUAGACUCCCAGUGAUUGUAAGACGUCGUCCCCCUGUACCGCGAUGAUAGCUGCAUACAGCCGCUGUACUGAAGAGAAGUGUCAUGUUUGCUGUUCUAAUAAAGGACUUUUAUGAGAGAAGA